AUGGGGAACAGGAAACUGUGUGCGUCGUCGUAUAUAUGCACGGCUGAUUCAAGUGCAUUCGAAACCAGAUGGAACCUGCUUGUUACACUUGUUGAGAAGAACGCUGAGAGAUAUCGGAACGUUAAGGUUUAUUCCGAGAACGUUAGCCCUAAGAGCAGUGCAGAGACAAACCGCAGCCUCAAGAUCAGCCAAACCUUGGACUAA